AUGUGGGCGUGGAUGAAACAUCUAUUUGGACAAUUUAAGAGUCUACGGCACGACUUUCACAACCUCUGGGAAGUCAAAAAUGAUGACGGUACAACCACGAUCAUAUCCCAAAGGACGCGCAACAUCUGGCUGCCUGGAAACGACACCGAAGAGCCGACUGUUAACAUUCCGCUCAGUUGGAUAAGCACUAUCGGCCCUGCGGACUCCGCCGAUGCUCUGGAUGGAUUGCAAUUCAAGGAGGUCUGGCUUUACUGGGAUACCGCUAUGCUCGCCAAAUACCUACCCAGGGAGGCUGUUGUAUUCCAAGAGCAGAACAUAUUAUGUUGA